AUGAACAAGCAUAACGACGCCUCGGGGAUCAAACCAUCUAUGGCAGCAAUCCAACACGCCAUUGAGAUAGCCGGAACGCACCAACAGAAGUACGACGCGCUCGAGAGGAUGCUAGGCGAAACUCCCAAAGAACAACCCUGGAAUGCUCUGAAUAGUGGAAAGUCUGACCAGCCAACUGGGACAGCGGAUAGACCCAAGUACAACACAAAGCUCUGA